AUAUACAAAAAUUAAUAAAUCAACGCGCUUGGUUGCUGGCGGCUCACACCCCAGCCUCUCAGCCCCUCCACUGUUGGAGCACUGAGAGCCCUCAACCCAAAGCGGCCAAUCCAGCGCAGCUAUGCCACGCGGAUCCACUGCCAGAAGAGGACGACGACGACGAGGACCACACGGCGUCACAGCCAGGGAUCGCCCCAAAUCAGCCAUUUCCACUGCCAGCUCCGACAGCGCCGACAGCGCAGCCACCGGCACCGUGGCAAACGCAGCGAUACUGAGACGCCAAUCCACCGACUCCGCCACCUGGUUGGAGGCACUUCCUCCAAUUCCUGGACCGGCUCCAGCCACCAUUACCGGGUAUGUGAGGACCACAUACCAUGCCGACACCACCAUCACGGCCACUCCGGCCACAAGCCCCAUCCCCGACCCCGACCUGCCCUGCCCCAACAGCUGGGCGGCCAUUCCCAACCUCACCAGCCAGGAGCAGUUCCAGAUCGGCGACUGGGUGGAGGCGGUCCAUACCCAGGAACGCCAGCAGCAGCAGCAGCAGACCAUCAGCAGCAGCAGCGGUAGUCGCCGGCUUGAGGCAUUGGCGGCGUCGGCAGCGGCAGCGGCGUCAGCCAAAGCACCGCAAUGUCAAGCCAAGCCAAGCCAAGCGGUACCAAGCGCGCCAAUAAUUCCGCUUCCCACACUCCAACACACACAGACACGUAUCGAUGCACCGUAUGCCGAUGCAUGGUGUGGAGAGAGACGGAAACAGCAAGGAGCGAGAGAAGGCGCAAAGAGAGCGGGUAACGACCUCGUACAGCGACAGUACGAGAGGGCACUCGAGCAGCCUCUGCACGAACAGCAGCCAACAAAAGAUUCGUGUUCGAGUGCCCGUUCGGGAGAGAGUUCGAACUCGAACCGCAGCCAUGGCACAAACCCCGCUCGAUCGGCCACAGCAGCGGUUCCAAAUGUAAUGCACACAGCCAAUACCACAACCACAACCACAAAUACAAUGAUGACAUACAUCAGCACACAAACAGCGACAUCAAACACAAAAACGACAACUACAAUUACGUCGGCAGCCAGACGACGAUGCCUGUUAACAGCAAUGUUAACAGGCGGACCCCCCCCCACCACCGCCGCCAGAGGAACAUCAGCAGCAGCAAACACAUCAACAUCAAAAACAACAACAUCAGCCAACGGCAACAAACACAGCCAAUACCGAUGAUAUCCCAUCCACCUCUGCUGCAGCGGCCCGUUCGCCACUGAAGCGCGUCCGCGCCGAGGUUGAUGAUGAUGACGACGAUGACAGUGAUGUCAUGGUUGUUGAGUUUGAUGACGACGAUGACGACGACAAUUUGGAUGCCAAUCAUGCAUCGGCCAAACGACGACUCCGGGAAAGUACCAACCAACAGGCAAGCAAAUCCCAUAUCCCCCAAAUUCAAAACCAUCCCCAUCAUCACCAACAAUCAAACCAGCAACAACAUCAGCGGACAAUUACACAAAAUGCCCC